UUUUUAGAAUUUGUGAUAAAAUCGGUGAAUAGAAGAGCGUUUUAAAGUACUAAUGUGAUGGAAUCUAUAAAUCAGUGCCACUGCUGCCUGCAGCGGCCUUCGGCGAAAGAUUUGAGGACACCGUACACUCGUCUCGGCAUAACGGAAAUAUACUCGGUCAUGAUCGAAGAAUGCUUUGUAAUCAAACUGACACCAAGCAACAAUGGCAAGAGUGGUAUCUGCGAGGUGUGUCUGGGGCGGCUGCGGGAGGCGUGCCACUUCAAGAUGCAGGUGCAGCACUGCCAGGCCGAGCUGCAGGAGAGGUUAGAGGGAGGACUGAGGGUCAAAGAUGAGGAAGACUUUGUUGGACCACCUGAAGAUGGCGCGUGCAGCGAGCCUUUGGAGCCGUCUCUACGUAAGUAUCUAAAGUGGUAUUCAGAACUUGGUAGCAUAAAUUGGCAGCAGUUAUAA